AUGGCGAAUCAAGCCUUGGUUAUUCCGCAGGAGUUUUAUCCUGAGACUAUAGAUGAAAUACGGGAUCGUGAAUAUCCCACGUUAAGAGAUGUGACCUAUCUCGACCAUGCUGGCACAACCCUAUACGCCAAAUCUCUCAUCGAGAAAUACUCUCAAGACCUGACCAGCAAUCUAUUUGGAAAUCCGCAUUCGGCCUCUGCAUCUUCCCAGAUUACUUCUAAUCGUAUCGAAGAUAUCAGAUUGAAAGCCCUGCGCUUCUUCAACGCAGAUCCAGAUGUAUACGAUUUGGUAUUUGUACCUAAUGCCACAGCUGGGAUCAAGCUAGUGGCGGAGUCGCUACGGGACUUCCGUUCCUCGUCAUUUGGUGAUCGCCAGCGCGGUUUCUGGUACGGUUAUCAUGUUGAUUCGCAUACCAGUCUGGUCGGAGUAAGGACAUUGGCCGAUUUCGGUAACCGCUGCUUUUCGACAGACAAUGAAGUCCGUCAAUGGGUUGAUAGCCUUAAUACCAAUGACGAUAGUACAAGACUAUUUGCGUAUCCUGCACAGUCGAAUAUGAAUGGUCAACGCUUUCCUCUGAACUGGUGCAAUCAGAUCCGAACAGCAGGAAAGCAAAACACAUUUACUCUUCUAGACGCCGCAAGUCUGGUCUCCACAUCACCUCUAGAUCUUAGUGAUCCUCAAGUUUGUCCCGACUUUGUCGUUCUCAGCUUCUACAAAAUCUUUGGCUUCCCGGAUUUGGGUGCAUUGAUUGUCCGAAAGGAGUCGGGACACAUUUUCAACCAUCGACAGUACUUCGGAGGCGGAACUGUGGAGAUGGUUACUGUUGGCAAUGAAUGGUAUGCUAGGAAACAAUCAUCAAUCCAUGAUCAGCUCGAAGAUGGUACUCUUCCAUUCCACAAUAUUAUCGCACUUGAGUCGGCGUUUCAGGUACACGAACGCUUGUAUGGAUCAAUAGCCAAUAUUUCAAACCAUACGGCUUUCUUAGUGAAGCAACUAUUCGAUCGACUUUCGUCAAUCAAACAUGCAAAUGGAAAACCUGUUUGUCAUUUCUACCUGUCUUCAGGCUGUUCAUACGAAGAUCGAAGCUCCCAAGGUCCAAUCAUUGCGUUGAAUUUGCUCGACAGUAAUGGUGACUGGGUUGGCAAAUCUGAAAUUGAGAAACUGGCUUCUGUCAAGUCUAUACAUAUACGAUCUGGCACGCUCUGCAACCCCGGCGGCACGGCGAGUUUGCUAGGGCUGAGCAACGAGGAAAUGGAAGCAAAUUACAAGGCUGGCCAGAGGUGUGGAGACGAGAAUGAUAUAAUGCAAGGCAAGCCAACUGGUGCAUUGCGGUUGAGUCUUGGGCCGAUGACAAGUUCAAGGGACAUUGAUCGAUUUGUGUGGUUUAUCACGGAGUUUUAUGCAGAAGAAUCGCCUCUACCUGCACUUUCGGAUGUGCAACUUCUGGGUACAGCAGAAGCGGAUAGGUACUAUGUGGAAAGUCUAUGCGUGUACCCCAUCAAGAGUUGUUCGGGGUUUGCAAUACCGCCAGGAGUGGUAUGGAAAGUGCGUCCUGAAGGGCUUGCAUGGGAUCGCGAAUGGUGUAUCGUGCAUCAAGGCACGGGUACUGCCCUGAGUCAGAAGCGAUAUCCGCACAUGGCAUUAAUAAAGCCUAUAUUGGAUUUCGAAAAGGGUCUCCUUUGUAUCACUGGUGACUCUGCUACCGGUAGACGCCAACUGGAUAUUCCACUUAGCAGAGAUGACCCACGUCUUGUCACAACCGAGAUGACGAGAAGCUGUCAGAAUUCUGCUUCUGUCCGAAAACCGUCCCUGAUCUGUGGUGAUCGAGUUGUCAUUCAAGUCUAUACAUCUUCAGAGGUCUCUGCCUUCUUUUCUGAUUUGCUCGGUGUUCCUUGCACAUUGGCUCGGUUUCCGCCAAAGAGCUAUGAGCGCCACUCCAAGAGUCCUUAUCGACAGCAUCCUCACCAUUCUCCCAAAAGCCGAAAUGAGAUGCCAGGUUCAUUCCCACUCGAAACUAGCCAUGUAAACGGAAACAACAGUAGCCCUCGAAGAAAAGCGAGCGGCACAUCAAACCCGAUCCUCCUUUCGAAUGAAAGUCCUAUCCUACUGAUUUCACGAUCGUCCGUGAACAGAUUGAAUGAACAAAUCAAGGAGAAUUCGACGACAACUACCAUUUCUCCUCUCAGCAGUACCAACCCCAACACAAAAACAGUAGCAGCAAACGUCUUUCGCGCGAAUAUAGUCGUUGCCGAGAAUCUUCCUUCUCAUUCUCAUCCUCAACACUCAUCACUUCCUAUAUCAUCAACAUCAUCGCCUUUUGAACAACCUUACAUUGAAGAUACAUGGUCGUCAAUAACCAUUGGCCAGAAACAAUUACGGUUUGAUGUCCUUGGGGCUUGUUCCCGCUGCCAGAUGGUAUGCGUGGACCAAAUGACGGCCGAAAAACGGGAGGAACCAUUGUCAACGUUGGCGAAGACUAGACGGGUAGGUGGGAAGGUAAUCUUUGGAAGACAUCUGGGCCUAUCCGCGUCGAACGAUGACCUUGAGUAUGAUCAGGAUGAGGGUGAGGAUGAGGCCGAGGAAAUAUCGGAAAGAACGGUUAUGGUUGGGGAUGCGGUUGUGCCGUCUUACUAUGAACAAGGAUAG